AUGUUCAGUUUCUUUUCUGGUCAGCCGCAGGCGCCUCAGCGCGUGCCAACCGACUUGGUUGUACCGGUCGGCUUCUUUGACGACACAAUCAUCUUCAGGACGUUCGUUUUAUAUACCCUGUUUGUUUUCGACGAUGUACUGGACCCUGAGAAACUACGCACCUCUUUGGAGCGUGUUGUGAGCCGGCCCGGUUGGAAGAAGCUGGGUGCUCGGCUGAGAAAGAAUAUUCGUGGAGAACUUGAGCAUCAUAUACCAGUCAGCUUCUCCCCAGAUCGCCCUGCAGUGGGGUUUGACCAUGUGAAUCACGGCGACUUGGCAGUGGAGGAUCAUCCCGCAGCAUCACACAUCCCCCGUCCUCCCCGCGAUGGUCGACCAGCACUCGUGGGAGACCCUGAUAAACUCUCGGACCUUAUCUACGGACCCAAUAUUCCUACGAAGCUCGAUGAUUACAUCUACACCGACCGUCCUCAGUUUGGGCUGCGGGUUGUCUCGUUCAAGAAUUCGACGGUCGUCGUCCUCCAUUGGCUACACCUCACCUUUGAUGCGACGGCGAAACGGGCUCUUCUCGAUGCCUGGAUGCUGAUGCUGCAGGGCAGAGAGGACGAGAUUCCUGAGCCGCUGGCUCCUGACGAGUAUAUCUUGGACCAGGUCGGCAGGAAUCCCACAGAGCCCCAUGUCCUCGCCGAGCAUCAUGUGUCCAAGCCUGGCCUAGUCUGGUGGGCACUUCAGAACUCCUACAACUUGAUAAUCAGGAAGAAGGAGCAUCGUAUGCUCUGCAUGCCUGCUGCGUAUCUCGCAAGGCUGAGAGAAAGGGCUCUUGUGGACCUUGUUGCUCAGGUCAACCCUAACGAUGAAAAGGGGGAGGCUCCCUUCCUGAGUGAAGGAGAUGUUCUCGUGGCUUGGGUAGCGCGAUUGGCAAUUUCUAACCUUCCAGAGAACUCGGAGAAGCCCAUUGCUGUACAACAAGCCUACCAGUGGCGACCAAUUCUAAAAGACUUGAUACCGGAAGGACGACCAUUCCUCAGCAACUGUGUCGGCUUUCUCGUCACUCUACUACCCGCCAAAGACAUUCUUCAGAAGCCACUCAGCUACCUGGCAUCCCACAUCCGCCGCUCUAUCAAGGAGCAGGGCUCCCGCGAACAAGUCGAGGCCUACACCUCGCUGAUCCGGCUCGACCAAGCCAACAAGGCGCCUCCGUUCUUUGGCAGCCCCUCGAUGCAGCUGCUCAUGUUUUCCAACUGGCAAAAGGCCAACAUGUACGGGACCGAUCUGUCGGCCGCAGCUGUGACGCCGCGCAGCACGCCCCUGACACCGUCGUAUGUCCAGAGUGUGCAGGGCCCGUACAGCUUCUCUGAUGGAAUUAUCAUUGUGGGGAAGGAUGCUGAGGGGAACUAUUGGCUUUCUGGACAUAGGGGGCAGGGACUGUGGGGGAUAAUGGAGAAGAAGAUGCAGGAGGAGCUGAUUUGA